CCGUAAUCGGUUAACGGAAGCAUCUUUAUUCUUUGUCCCUUUGUAUUUUUGUAGCUUGUCCGUCGUUUAUCGUAUCGGAUGUUCGACUUAUUAUGUGUUUCGGRUUAUCGUGCGCGUCGCUGUCCAAUGUCCAAUGACUUUUAAUCUUAAUGUUCUGUAUUUGGUGUAGGUCGUUGUUGAGUGGGUUUAGACAAGUGUGUCGUAACUAUACUUAGAUUUUAAUUCCCAAACGUUUGGGUUUUCCGUUUUAACACUUACUUUAAUUUUCCAAUAUAAGUUAUUCCGUUCGAGUUCUGCGUCAACGUCGAGAUGGAUGCAAAUAAGCUCAGUUUGGUCGAUAACGAAUAUGAUGAUGGUGUUGUAUGUUUUGGUCCAGUAACUGAAAGCCAACUGGAUAGGUAUAAGAGAUUACCACGUCGCACUGUUUUACCUUCAGAUUUCGAAUUAAGCCAAUCCGUUUUUGAGCAAGAUCAAGACAUAAAAAAUGUUGAUGAAACUAGUACCUGUGAACACUUAUCUGUUUCAAGUGUGCUUGAGCAAAGCAACCAACAAAAUGUGUUAGAUGAUUCUAAUAAUGUAUGCACUUUAAUACAUUGUAGUCAAAAAGACGAUACAGAUUUAAGUAUUUGUAGUGACUCAGAACUUGGAGAUAUUACUGAAGAUUCAAUUGUUGCUGAUGAAUAUAGUGUUACACCUGGAAAACAGAGAUUAUUUGAUUUACGUGUCACUAAACAAUCACUUCGUCCUAAAGCUCUCGUAGCAUCUGCUCCAUUCAUGGAUAGAAUUGAAGAAACUGCAACUCCUGUUCUACCUAAAGUUCUUAAUUCUCCUUUAAUUUUAAAUGAAAUCAGUCCUAAACAUUCGGAAAUCAAAGAAGGUUUAAAUUGUUCAUCAAUUACUGAAAUAUGCCAUGGCACAUCAUCUACUGAAAAUCUCAAUCAAACUUCUCAUAAAAAUAUGUUUGAAACUGUUGGAGAAUUUUCAACAUCAAAUGAUUUCAAGAAUAUAGUCUCUUUAAAUACAAGUGUGGAUAGUAUGUUUGAUGAAACAAUGAACACAAAUAAACUUUCAACAAACAGCAAGAGUAUGAAUAUUAAAAAAUCAUUAAAUAAAACUGAUCAAAUACAAAAUACUUUAAAUGAUACGAUGCAAUUAUUUGAUACUGAUCAGUCAGUAAAUAUCAUGACCGAUAUUACAAUUCCAACUGAUGUUAAUGAUCAUCAAGAUAAAGAAUACUUAAUUUCUGCACAUUUGGAUACUAAAUCAGCAAAUACCAGUGUAGAAGAUAAAGUAAUAGUUGAAGCUAGGUACACUAAUGAAUUGUCAUCAAACAACAGAAGUCUAGAUUUGAACCUAUCUUUAAAUGAAACUGAUCAUAUYCAAACUGCUAUAAAUGACACUAUGCAAAACUUAAAUGAUAAAUCUAUUUCAACACCAGACAUAAAUUGUAAAAAUUAUAAAAAAUUCUCAGUUGCCAUGGAAGUUGAUAUUAAAUCAACAAAUACUAGCCGUGUUGAUAAAGAAUUUGAUGAAACAAUGUGCACUAAUAAAUAUUCAAUAAACAAAAGAAGUAUGGAUAUGAAUCAAUCCUUUAAUGAAAUUGAACAUAAUUUUGAUGUUGAAAAAUCAAUGUUUAUCAAUUCCAUAAAAGCUAUUCCAACAUCAGACAUUUUUAAUCUUAAUAAUGGAGAAUUCUCUGUUGCCAUGGAAGUUGAUAUUAAAUCAACUAAUACUAGCUAUGUGGAUAAAGAAUUCGAUGAAACAAUGUGCAGUAAUGAACAAUCAACAAACGACAGAAUCAUGAAUUUGAAUCAAUCCUUAAAUGAAACCAAUAUUGAAUAUACUUUAAAUGGCACUAAGGAAAAAUUGAAUGAUGAAAAAUUCUCAGUUGCCAUGGAAGUUGAUAUUAAAUCAACUGGUUGUGUGGAUAAAGAAAUAAAUGAAACAGUAUGCCCUUAUAAUCUAUUAAUAAGCAACCAAAGUACUGAUUUGAAUAAAUCCUUAAAAGACACUGAGCAAAAUGAUGACAAAAAGUCAACAUAUAUCAUGUCCAAUAUAGCAAUACCAACAUUAUGCUUAACUGAUCACAACGAUGAAAAAGAAAACUCAAUUACUAAAAAAGUUGAUAUUAAAUCAAUUGAUUCCACUGUAGUAGAUGAAAUAUUUGAUGAAACAGUGAACACCAAUAAACUUUCACUAAACAACCAAUGUAUGGAUUUGAAUAAAUCCUUAGUUGAAAUUAAUAUGAAAAAAACUAUAAAUGACACUGAACAGAAAUUUGGUGAAGAAAAUGCAAUGAAUAAUAAAUCCAACAUGGCUAUACCAAUAUCAGAUGUCRAUGAUUAUAAUUAUGAAGAAUUCUCAAUUGCCAUGGAAGUUGAUAUUAAAUCAAGUAAUACUAGUUGUAUAGAUAAAGAGUUAGAUGAUAUUGUACACACCAAAAACAUUUUAAUAAAUGACCAAACUAUGGAUUUGAAUAAAUCCUUAAAUGUAACUAAUCAUAUCGAAAAUACUUUAAAUGACACUGAGCAAACAUUUGUUGAUGAAAAGUUAAUAUAUAUUAUGUCCAAUAUAGCUAUUCCAACAUUAGAUGUGAAUGAUCAUAAUGAAAAAGAAAACUCAAUUACUACAAAAUCYGAUAUCAAAUCGAUUAAUACGAGUAUAGUGGACAAAAUAUUUGAUGAAUCAAUGUUAAUAAAUGCUAAUAAACUUUUAGCAGACAGCCAAGCUAUUAAUCGUAAUGAAUCCUUGAAUGAAGGUGAAAGUACUUCGAAUAAUAUCCAAAACACUUCUGUUUCAACCAUUCAUAUUGAUGAUAAUUUGGUUUUGAGUAAACAAGAUCAGAGUAACUUAAAAAACACAAUCAAUUCUGAUACUUCAUUUGUAGGAGUUAACGAAGUUAAUAUAACUUGUAAUACAUCACUAGAAGACCCAUCAUGUAUGAUGAGACAAUAUUUAGACUUCGAACAAGCUGUAAAUGAAUUGUGCAAUGAUAUUUCAUCAGCAAGUGUUCCUGAURGGAAAUCCAAACAGCCAAAAGAAAGUUAUGAUGAUGAAUCUCUUGAACAUUUAAUCGAACAAACACUUUCUUCUGAUUCAUUCAAUCAAACAAAAGUAAAUGAAAAUUUAUCUAAUUAUGAUGGAUCAAACUUGUCGGUYAUUAUUGAAAAUGAAUCUUUAGAUACUUCUAAUAAUGACAUAGAGCAACAUGAAGAUACUGUAAAUCCCAAAAAUGAUGUACCAGUUACUUUGGAAUUUGAAAGUGUUGUACAUGAAGUCAAUGAUAUUGAAUUGUCGAAUAAAUCAACAGUUGUAAAUACAGAAGCUUCUUCAAUAUCUGAAGUAGGUUUAGCAUUUGAAACMGAUGUUAAUAUUCAAAUGAAAGCAAAUAACGAUAUGAAUGAAACAAAACAUAAUGGAAGUUCAAUGGUUAGUGAUGAAUCAUCAAAAAUGGAAUUUGAUACAUUUAACGAAUCUAAUAUAAACAUGAAUAUCAGUGCAAAACAAAUCUCUGAAGAUGUCAAUGAAAUACUGUCUACAAGGAAUACUUUGGUUGAAAACAACUUAAAUCCAAUAGCCCAUCAAAUUAAUAUAACCAACAUUCCUGAUUCCACUGCUUUUAAACUUAUUCCAGAAACAGAAAUUACUCAAAAAGACUUAACUGAUCAAGAUGAAUUACUUAAUGAUAAUCAACAACAAAAAUUAUCGGAUACAAUUAAAAAUAUUGAUAAUAGUUUAGAAGAAUUUAUAAAUCAAGAAAGGUUGUUGAAUUUUGGAGACGAUAAAAAAGAGAAACAAGUGGARYAUAAAACUCCGAAGACACUAAAAAUAUUGGAUUUUAGUAUCGUCCAACAAACUCCCACUUUUGACAAUCAACUAAAGAAACAAAAGGUAUUAAAUUUUAGUAUUGUUGAUCCAACACCAAUAUUAAAAAGCACCCAACAAAUACAUCAAAAUGAAAAUGUUAUCAACAAUGAGAGCUUAAUAAAUUUUAGUGCAGUUGAUCAAAUAUGGAAUUCAGAAGUAGUAGCAAAAGAUGAUAUUAAUUUUAAAGAUUUUCAAAACUCUACCCAUGAUUCUUCAACAAAAAAUGUAUCAUCAAUUUCAUCUCCUGAUUUUGAAUUAUUGGUUGAUGAAUCUAUUAAAACAAAUACAUCUAAUUUCAGUAACUCAUCUUUUGAUCAAACAAUUACUGAUUCAAAUUUAAACUUGUCUCCGUAUUCUUGUGCAAAUAAUAAAACAGAAUUAAUUAAUUCGGAACCAUUGAUUUUGAUCAACAAACAGAUUGUUGCCGAUGAGCCAUCUAACUGUUUAAAUCAAACAAUUGAACUAAAUAAGUCAAUACACGAAACUGUUAAUGAUGAACAUUGUGUGGCCGAAGCAUCUACUACUGCAGAAAAAUCAGAUUUUAAAAUGUUAUCAAAUACUACUUCUAACRUAAAAAUUGAUUUUGCUGAGUCUCAAAUGGAUUCAAACCAACAACAGCAUUUUAACUCAAAUGAACGUGCCAUUGUGGAUUUUAGCAUUAUUGACCAAGAAAUAUUGGAAAAUCUUGAGUUAAAAACCAAUACUGAUAUAACAUCUGAUAGAAAUGUUUCUAACCUAAUUGAAAUGACUUUUGUUUCUAAAUCUGAUGAACAAUCAACUGUUUUAUCUAAAAAUCCAAUAAUACCCAUAACUUUAGAUAAUAAAUCUGAAAAAUCUAUACAUGGUGGUUCUGAUGAAAUAAAUAGCACAACUUUACACUUGGAACAAUCUACUUUUUUGCAUAACAACACAGAAUUGUUAACUGAUAUACAAAUGAACGAUGAAUCGCUCCUUAUGGAAUCGCCAGAAAAAAGCUCAAUUAUCGAUUCUUUUCAUAGUAUUGAAUUGGAUAAUGUACAAGAAGAUAAUAAGAGAAAAAUAGAGACGACUCAAGAAUAUGAUAAUAACGAAAAAAAAAUGAAAGUAGAGACUGAAAUUCUGAAGACGCCAAUGUCAAUGCUCUAUAAAAUUAAAAAUAUGUUCAGGAGUAGUGAAAAACAGCCAUCAUGUAUAAAUAACACAAAAGAAAACAAUUUAAAAUCAGGGAGAUGCUAUCAGAAAUUAAACUUUAGCAAAUUUGAAGAAAAUGAUGAUUUUACUAAACCUUUAACUCUAAAAAAACCCGAAGUUUUAGUAGUGUGUACCGGAACGUUGGUAGAUGAAGUUAUCGCAUACAAAGAACAGGUCGAAAAGACGACAAUAGAGUUGAACAAUAUCAACGACCAGCUGACCAAGUCGAUGGCAACACAGGUGUGCCUUAGGCGAUGCGUGGACGAAUUAACGGUGCUGGCGGAACAUGAACGUAUGAAGCGUGACCGAAACGAGCUGGAACUGCGGACGACGGUUGAUCAGCUGACAGCCGAGCUUGGCGAAGUUCAAGAGGAAAUCGCCCGGUUGCAGUCGGCCGAGGCCAAGAUAUCAGUCAAAUUGAUGCACCAAGAAUCURCACAGGACGAACUCGACGAAGUGUUGCGUACAGAAAACGCCCGGCUGCAGGCCCAGCUGGGAAGGAGUGCACUUGUGGAGGCCGCGAUGCAGUCAAAGGUACACGAUCUGGAGCUGGAGCUGACGAAGCUAACGGGAGUGACGCAAAUCGAGCAGGGGCAGUACCAGGAUGGUUUUGGAAGUGAGAUGAUAGACAGCUCGUCAACGUCAAUGAUAUUAGAUCAGUGUAGUUUGUCACAAAUGAGCCACGACCAAAAGGCCAGUUGUCUGGACCUAGGAAGCGAAGCCAAAGAAUAUCAUGAUAAGGUCGCAAAGCACGUAAGUUGGGUGAAAGUUGCAAAAACUGUUUUGAAGAAUUAUGAAACUCUUGAAGAGACAGAGAAGCAGAAACAAAGUAAUUAA